GGCAAACUAUAACUGGCCCAGAAACGAAGGGUGGGUUUAUAACGCUGCGAGAGGAGGCGGUGUUUGUCAGUAUUGCACGGGUUAUCGGUAUAACGCUCUGAAACUGCAGCUGCAAUCAUGUCGAUGAUACUCGGCUACUGGGACAUCCGCGGGCUGGCUCAGCCAAUCCGCUUGCUUUUGGAAUAUACUGGAACAACUUAUGAAGAGAAGUUCUAUUCGUGUGGAGAUGCUCCGACUUAUGACUCAAGCUCCUGGACUGAUGUAAAGAUGAAGCUUGGACUUGAUUUCCCGAACCUCCCUUAUUUGAUCGACGGAGAUACAAAACUUUCUCAGAGUAAUGCCAUAAUGCGCUACAUUGCAAGGAAACACAAACUUGUUGGCGAGACUGAUGAGGAAAAAGUGCGUGUCGAUAUGCUGGAGAAUCAGGCGAUGGAUUUCCGCGUGGGUUUUGCUAGAUUGUCCUACAACCCUGAUUUUGAAAAACUGAAGCCUGAUUAUCUGAAGAAUCUGCCAGUUCUCUUGAAGCAGUUCUCUGAUUUCCUGGGGGAAAGGCCAUGGUUUGCAGGUGACAAGAUCACUUUCGUAGAUUUUCUAAUGUACGAACUCUUCGAUGAGCAUCGUGUGUUUGAACCCAAGUGCUUGGAUGACUUUAAGAACUUGAAGGAAUUUAUCACCCGCUUUGAGGCUUUGGAGAAAAUUGCAGCCUACAUGAAAUCUGACCGCUUCAUGAAGGGUCCAUUCAAUAACAAGAUGGCCAAGUGGGGCAACAAGUUGUGAAGGAACAUGGUCUUUCUGCCAGAUCCUUAAAAUGUACAAGAGUUCUGCAGCUCUAAUAAAGAAUGAACUGAGUUGGUAAA